CCCAUUUGGUAUCAUGUAUAAAUUUAUGUAAUUUGGUAGAAUUUGUUUCAAAUUGUUAAAGACUAUUUUAUAAAAGAACUAGACUAGGAAGACAUCCUAACAUAUGAAACUAGAAGAAUCCUCUCACCUCGAAGGGAAAGGAAUUGACCAAAAUCAGAUGUUUCCUUAUCUUUAUCGCCGCAUAUUUUGUUUCUUACAAUACAUUAUCUUUUUGCCCCAAGUUGAAUUUAAAAAGUUAAAAUUUUAUUUUUCGAUUUGUUGACCCCCUUUCAUGAAAACAAGAAAACAAGUAAGACGGUGGAAGGUACCUCAUAUUUGAUUGUUGUCGACAACUAAUAUGAGUUUUAUUAGAAUUAUUGUUAUUUUAUAUAUUUUUUUACAAAGGACUGAUUAUAAGAUACAAUCCUGAAAACACUUGCAUGCAUUUCAAUGCACUGGUUUUUUGCAUUUCGAUUGAGUAGUCCAACUAGCCAUUCUUUUUUCUUAAAAAUUAUUUUAUGUUGUGUGGUUGGUGUCAAGUGAUAUGAUUAUGUUUUUUGGUCAAUUGAUGAUUUAAUAUGAUAUAAGAGGAAGGAGGGUGGUUUAGGAGGUUGUGUCUAUUUAUUUCCUCUUCUAUUAAUAUUAAUUUUUACAUGUUGUGUCUUAUUCACAUUUCAAGGCCAUAAGUAUGGGGAGUCUUGGAUAGUAUGAUAUUAAAUUUUGGCUGGAAAAAAUAAUUGGGUGUUUAGUAGGGUGUCUUUAUCCAUUAUGGAGGCGUCACAACUAAUCAAACUUUUACCUGUGGGUCUAUGGAGAUUCUUCGGCAUAUAAUUCAUGGACAUGUCACACACUGACAAGAUUUAUUUUCAAAAGAAACCAUACAAAUAUUAAAGAGAAAAGCAAUGUCUGAAGAUGCUUUGUGCUGAAAAAGAAGAAAUAAUAGUGAUGUCACAUGACAACUCUCCGGUUUCUAAAGCCUUUCUUUUGUUUUUUGUGUUUUAUUUUUUUCCCCAUUUCAGCUUUGAAUUAUUUUAACAUAAAAUUCCGAUGCAACAUUAGGUAAAUUCUGGGUUUUCCAAAAACUGGUAUGCUUCAAACUGUUUUCCCUUGGCCUUGGCUGUAUUAAAUGGUGGUAUGUCUCCACUAACUUAGUUGCUUUUCCACAAUAUGAGCUCUCCUUUUUUUCCGUUUUUUGCUUUUCGAUAUAAUGAAAAGGCUCCAUGUUUUUAUGUUUUGUUCCUUAUCCACGUAAUGUCAUUUUCUAUUUUAAUUUAGUGUAGUGGUCAUUACAAACUUUUUCUCAAUAAUGUAUGAAAAACUUUAACACGAACCAAUUGAAUUGUUGAUGGUGAUUUCAGCCCUAUGUAAUAUCUGUAAUAAUGAAAUAUGUGGGUAUACUUAGAGGGUCUAUUUGUAGCAAUUCUAUUAUUUCAAGGGUUAUUUGUUCAGCAAAGUGAGUGUAGUCAUUCCAUUGUAAUUAAGCAUGGUACUUUUUUAAGGUCAAAGGUCUAAAUAUUCAUACUCUACAAGGGAUUAUUUAUUCAUUUCUAAAACCGUCGCUAAUAGAGUAGUGCAACAUAGUUGGAGUUGUGUAAAAUAGUAAUAAGGGGAUGAUUCUGACCAUUGGCUUUUGUUCUUAUUGCCUUAACUAAUUAGGUUUGACUUUUUUUUGUUUCUUUAUUUUUAGAAUUAUAUCACAAUGUGGAGUAAAGUAAACGAUUGAACUAAUCUUUGACUUUUAUUCCAUACACAACGGGAGUAGGAGAUUUGGAUCACAUACAUCUUGGUCAUUAAUAUAUCUAUAUGUUAGUUGAGCUAUGUUCAUUUUUCUUAGAGAAAAAGAAAACUCUUCAAAUGAUAGAGAAUACUUGCACUUUAAAAGCAUAAACAUAAUAGGAGCAAGAGCAACAUGAAAGCGAAAUAUAUGGCCAAAAGCUUAACUAGAGUUAGGAGAAUAGUAACCGCAGCCUUAACCAGAAUCAAUUCCCACGUACUAUAUAAACCACGCUACACCUGAAUCCCCAUGCACUCCAAUACCUUUUCUCCAAUCCACAUCUUCAAGGGGAAAAAGAAGAUGAAGCUCCUUGUUCUAGCCAUCCUCACCAUCUCACUACUCUUCCCUUUCAGCCUCCUCAAUUUCCUCUUCUGCUCUCUCCUUGCCUUCUCUCUCAACUACUGGCUCAUCCCCGGUGGUUUUGCAUGGCGUAAUCACCACCGCUUCUCUGUCAACCUCCCUGGACCCUCUGGUUGGCCACUCCUUGGCACGCUCCCACAAAUGGGGCCACUUGCUCACCGGAAUCUUGCUGCCAUUGCUCACUCCUUCAAAGCCACACGCCUCAUGUCCUUUAGCAUGGGCGCUACUCGAGCCAUCAUAAGUAGCCACCCUGACACGGCCAAGCAGAUUCUUUGUGGGUCAGCUUUCUCCGACCGACCGGUCAAGCAAUCGGCUAAGCUUAUGAUGUUCGAGAGAGCCAUUGGCUUUGCUCCAAAUGGGGUUUAUUGGCGCAAUCUUCGACGAAUUGCUGCCAACCACAUGUUUUCCCCACGGAAAAUUUCCGACCUGGAGGGGCUCCGUAGGGAGGUGGCGGAUGAAAUGGUGGCAGAGGUGUCAGGAAAUAUGGCGAGUGAGGGGGUGGUGAGGCUGAGAGAGGUGCUGCAGAAGCAUUCUUUGAAGAACAUAAUAGAGAGUGUGUUUGGGAGUGGUAUGGAGAUGGGGAGGAAGGGAGAGCUUAGUGAUAUGGUGAGAGAAGGGUAUGAAUUGAUAGCGAUGUUCAAUUGGGAAGAUUAUUUUCCGAUCAGCUUUUUGGAUUUUAGUGGAGUGAAACGAAGGUGUAAUGAAUUGGCGGGCAGGGUUAAUGUGGUAAUUGGACAGAUCGUUGAAGAGAGAAAAAGAGUAAAUAACGAGUUUAAUAAUGAUUUUCUUACUACUUUGCUAACUUUGCCAAAGGAGGAUCAGUUGAGCGAUUCAGAUAUGGUGGCUGUUUUAUGGGAAAUGAUAUUUCGUGGAACCGACACUAUAGCAAUACUCCUAGAAUGGAUAAUGGCCAGAAUGAUACUACACCCAGAUAUCCAAGCCAAAGCUCAGGACGAGAUUGACUUGUGCGUAGGGGGUAAUAGGCACGUGCGUGAUUCCGACAUCCCGAACCUUCCCUACCUCCAAGCAAUAGUGAAAGAGGUUCUUCGUCUACAUCCUCCAGGGCCAUUGUUGUCGUGGGCUCGAUUGGCAGUCCACGAUGUCCACGUGGACAAGAUCUUAAUCCCAGCUGGCACAACGGCAAUGGUGAACAUGUGGGCCAUAGCCCACGACCCGUCGAUAUGGAAAGACCCAUGGACAUUUAAGCCAGAACGGUUCAUUGAAAAUGACAUGUCGAUCAUGGGUUCGGACUUGAGGUUGGCACCUUUUGGAGCUGGGCGAAGGGCAUGUCCAGGAAGGGCCUUGGGUUUAGCCACUGUGCAUCUAUGGCUAGCCAAUUUUCUGCACCGGUUUAGAUGGAUUCCAUGUUCAUCCACUAAAUCGGUUAAUUUGUCAGAGUGUUUGAAACUAUCACUUGAAAUGAAGAAGCCUUUGAAUUGUCGUGUGGUUAGUCGGUGAAUAAAAAAAAAUCAAGGGGUAAAAAGAGAGUAAAAUGAAUUUUUAAAUUAGUAAAAAUGAGGGAAUUUACAGCUAUAGAAACCUCAUGGAAGGUAGAUUAAUUAUCGUGUAAAUUUAUUAAUAAUGGUUUGUGUUUGUGAUAAUUAAGAGACAGGAAGGAUGGGAGGAGAAAUAUGUAGUUGUGAUCAUAAUUGAUAAUUAAGUGUUAUUUUUACUUUUUGAAUACUAA